GUGUGUCUACAAGCAUGUAAUUUUUCCCGGUGAACUGUGGCUCUUCUGGAAUCACCUGGGCUUGGCUCCGGGCUGCAGUUGAGUUCAGACUGCCUGAAUCAUUUGGUAAUGGCUGCCUGCCUAGAGUGCUGCAUCCUGGAUCUGUGGGGAAAGAAUGCCAGGAUUGAUUGAUAAUGUCUGCCACAAGAUCAGACAGGAGAACUGAGUACUUGCAGUGCUGGCGUUGGAGACACCAGUGAACAAGAAGAAUCGGGUUCCUUUGUGUUCGUGCAUGUAAAGCUCAUACUCAGCAGCUUCUCUUUCACCAGCUGCCUCCAACCCCUACCUAAGGGCCCUGCGCCCUCCCAGCGCGUUCCAGGGGAGAACACCCCGCUCUGUGCGGGUCACAAAGCUGCCUGUUCCAGGAGUCUGAGAGCACCCUGAUGUGGAACUCGGGGUUGGCACAGCGUGACCGUGCAGCCAGCAGUCCUCCCGGCGCUGUCGGACGCACACUGCAGGUGCCUUGGGACACGCGGUUGCAGCGCUCCCGCAGGCGGCCCCUGGGCACUGCAGAGAGAGAAAGGAGCACCUGUUUGUUGGCUUUGACCUCCCUGGUUCCGGUGUCUGAUCAGAGGGAAAGCAGGAUUCCUUCAAGAUGCCGAUGAAGCACAGGAGAAAAGACUCUGAAGAACCCCAGCAACUUUCAGAGAAGGUCAAAGAGAAGCUGGCUGAGGUGGAACUUCGGAAGCUGAGGCAGCAGUUCCGGAAGAUGGUGGCAAGUCGGAAGUCCUUUAACUUCUACUCCCAGCAGAAGAUCAUGAACCAGCAAAAGGAAAUCAAGACCCUGCAAGAGGAGCAAGAUGAGAUCACCCUGCUUUUGAGUCUCAUCAAGUCUUCCAAGAACUUGGAUCUGGAUGAGAAAAACUACAUGGAGCUGCGUUUCCUGCUGCAAACCAAGGAGGACUAUGAGGCCUUGAUUAAAUCGAUGAAAAUGCUCUUGGCUGAACUGGAUGAGAAGAUUGCUCAGAUGGAGAAAAAAAUUAUAGACCAAAAACAGAUCUUCACAAAAAUACGGGAGGCCAAUAACCUCCAGAAACUGCAAAAACAGAUCCACGUGUUGGAAACCCGUUUAAAUCUCGUCUCCUUACAGUUUCACACGUUGCUGACUACUAAUGCUAAACUCCGGAAGGAGAUUGAGGACCUCCGGUACGAGAAGGCUGCUUAUGACAACGUCUCCCAGCAGCUCCAUCGGCGCCUGUCAGUGCAGAAGAGAACCAUGAAUGUGGCCAUUGAACAGUCUUCUCAGGCCUAUGAGCAGAGACUGCAGGCCGUGGCUCGAAUGGCUGCCAUGAAGGAUCGCGAGAAGAAGGAUAUCUCCCAGUUCAACAUGGAGAUCAGAGAGCUGGAGCGCGUCUACGACCACGAGACCAAGCUCAAAUCCUUCCUGCUCGUCAAGCUGAACAGUCGUCAGGAGUUGGAGGAGCAGGCUAAGAAGGAAGAAGCUCUCAAGGCAAAGAAGCCCAAGGCGAAGAGCAAGGAGGAGAGUUUUGAGAGCUACGAGGUGGCCCACCUCCGGCUGCUGAAGCUGACAGAGAACGGGGACCUGAAUCAGCUCAUUGAGGACUUUCUGGCCAAGGAGGAGAAGAACUUUGCUCGCUUCACCUAUGUCACGGAGCUCAACAAUGACAUGGAGAUGAUGCAGAAGAUGACGCAGAAAAUCCAGAAUGAGAUCAUCCACUUGCGAUCCCAGCAGAAAUUGUCCCACGAUGACAACAGCUCUGUCCUGAGACAGCUGGAGGAGAAACUAAAGAAGACCACAGAGGAGGCAGACAUGUAUGAGAACAGCUACAAGGAGGUGAACAGCACCUUGCAGCAGCUCAGGAGCUCGGUGGAGAACCUGUUGCAGAAGAUAAAUUGUGACACCACCAAGAUCCUGGUGCAGUUAGGGGAGACAGGGAAAAUCACCGAGGCCAACCUCCCACAGUACUUUGCCAUCAUUGAAAAGAAGACCAACGACCUACUGCUGUUAGAGUCCUACAAGCGGAUCCUGGACAUGGAAAGGGCAGAGACCGAGACCCUGCCAUCCUUCAUCAACCCUUUCUGGGGUGGCUCUUUCCUCCUCAAGAGUGCAGAACCCAUCAAGGUCAACGCCCCAGUGUUUGGGGCUGAAUCCUUCAGUGAAAGGUUGGAGGAAGUGGACCAGCCCCUGGACUACAGCAGCCUGCGGCAGAUGGUACUCACCAACUACAUCAACAGAGGGUCUCGCUUCAGGGCGUCACACUUGGACAGCACCUUUGAAAAGGGAGACGAUCUGAAGUCCAAGAAGAAGGGAGCAAUCUGAAGUGAUUGGGGCCACAUUUGUACCAUAAGCA